AUGUUCCACCUCAAUGUUCGAAUGCAGCGUGUGGGCCAGGAGCUUGUCACAUGGUGGUACGACGUUCAACAGCUGGCCUUCUUGCACAACCUCAUCUUAAUCAAUUCCAAGCACAGCGACCUGAGAUGGCCUGACAUGGAUGCGUUUGUCAAGAUUCAUGGCAAGUCACAUAUUUUCCUGGCCACCGGCAUCUUGUCCGCAACCCAUUUCGCCCGCGAUUCGCGGGGUAGCGGACCAUUCCAUAAGCCCGAUGGCAAGAACGCUCGCAUGCUCAAGCCCACCACUACUGUCGCGAACUUGUUUUUCACCCAGUACGUUAGUGGCGGUAGUCCUGGCAAGGAUGUCGGGAUUGUGCACAUCGACAGCAUCCUGGACGAACUUUCCCAAAAAUCGAAGCUUGAAUCAUCGUCCAGCAAGAAGGGUCUUCAGCAGGGAGCCAACCCGGAACUGAGCCUCACCCGAAAGUGGUCAAAUUCCCAUAACGUCGACAUCCUGCAGCUUCUCGCCUCCAACAUUGUCCUCCUCAUCCAUCACGUUGCGCGAGGAUCGACCCAGUAUGGACGCGCGAUGGGACUGGGAGUCGGCGAAGGGGAGGAGCCGGUGAGUCGUAUUGUCAUGAGCGCGGGCGACGUCAUGCGGGACUACUUAAAGAAGAAUGGGGGUGUGACCUGCAAGGAGCUGCGCGUGUUCUGCAAGAACAAGAAGCCUAGCCAGGAUGAUGUGGCGUAUGAUGCGGGCGAUUCGGACGCGCUGAUAGAUUACUGGUUCAGUCUGGAGGAUGUUCUGGGUCCCAAGGGGAUCGUCUCGCUCAUGACGGGGAUUCCGGUGGCCUAG